AUGGGGCAAACACAAUCUAGAUUGGGCUUCAAUACCAGUUCUAGCAACUAUGGUAAAGUUACGGAGCAAACUCUUGCGUCAGCGGAUAUCGAUGUCAAAACACAGGUCACUACUCCCGGCAAAGACUCAUGGUACUAUCCAGUCGACAUCGAGAACGAUCUUCAAGACGUCGAUCUCCCGCCAGAUGCCAAGGCCGAGGUCUUAAACACUGCAUGGGAGUAUGUUCGGUGCUCGGCACCACAAUACACCAACUGGGAGCGAUAUGUUGCCUUCAUGCGAACCAUAACGAUAUGUACUAUCGCCGAGUUUAAGGGGAAACUUGUGGACGUGUCUGCUAGUGACAACAUCAUGGGCUAUGACGUGGGUGCCACUCUCGCUACCCUUUUCAAAGGCACUCCGGGGCAUGCAGACAUGGCUCGAGAGUAUCGUGCCUUUCUCCUGCUCACAGCCGAUAAAUCCAGCUCCAGGCGUGAUGGUGAGCUAUUCCGGCGUUAUGUGAACGCACUCGCGCAGUCCCCAAGGCACUGGUUCCGCAUGCGUGAUUGCGACGCAUUGGUGAGGUACACCAUAGGCUGCGCGUUGGUGUCCAAUGACCAUGACGAUGUUUGGUUUACCGACGAGCAGUUCGAAAUUCUGAGCGAGAUCUACAUCACGCUCUACGAUGCCGUGGCAUUUUUCAAGCAUCGCUCGGAGGGGGAGACGCACAACACUUUUGCCUACAUGCCCGAACAUCUCCGUGUUAAAGCCUACCAACAGUCCCGUCAGAUUCUCUGGGGUUUGGAUACGGCCUGGGCUCACCAUCAUGGGCGUCAGAUUGCCAUCAACUUUAUACGCCUCACAUCCGGGCCCACCCACAUAAUGAUGCGGCGGUACCGCUUCGUCGAAGAGAAUCUGACCAUUGGCAAACGCGAGACCGACGAAGUCAUUGGCCACGCACGUACGAAUGCUAAGCUUUGGAAUCGCAUUGACGGCACCAAUAGGGGUGUUAAUGACACGCAGCGCUAUAAGGACCUCCUUGCCCAGAGCGACGACCUGAUGUUCCCUGAACUGGCCGGCUUCCUCGAGAGCGGUGGGGAUGGUAGCUGCAAGGACUGCCGCUACCGUGCUUCCUAUGGUGCUGAGACGCCACAUGAAUUUGGGGGCGUCAAACUAUGUGGCGGCUGCAAAGAGACGUGGCAGGAGUAUAUGGAGUCAUUGCCAGAGCGUGCAAAGAAAGUCUUUCCUGAGAUUGCAUCAGUUAAAGCUCGUUGA